AUGCUCUUCUGUCUGCUGGUCUUCAUGUUUACUGCAGCCCCCAAAGGUGCCCUUUGUGAUAUAAAGAUGAUGGCAUCUGGUCCCACGGAGAGGAAGGUCUCUGAAUUGCUCCCCCUUAGCUGCACUAUAACAGGAGCACCUCUGGAUACCCGUUACUAUGACUGGAAUUACGUCCGUCAGACUGCAGGAGGAGAACUACAGGUUCUUGGCUGGAUCUAUCCCUUUGGGAAUAACACAGGCUACUCCCCAGGCUUCCAAGGCCGAGUCACUAUCACGGCAGAUAAAGUCAGAAAGAAGGUCUCCCUCCAGCUGCAUGCCCUGACAGCCACAGAUGCAGCGACCUACUUCUGUGCCAGGCAGCACACUACAGCACCACUCGGAGUGGCAACAGACAAGCUGGUGUUUGGAAGUGGAAUCACUAUCUCUGUUGAGCCAAAGAAUCAAGAAGAGUCUGCCCUGGAAGUCAUUGCACUUAAAUCAAGGAAAAGCAGCGAGUACAGUAAUAAAGUGAAUGUGGCUUGUUUGGCAAGGAAUUUCUACUCUAAGAACAUCAGCCUUGAUGUGCCCAAGGGUGACACUGUCUAUGGCCCGAAGGAACCUCUUGUCACGUCAGAGGGGACAUACACUCUGAUGGAGAUAGUUGUGGUGGAACCAGAUACAGAGGUGACCUGCAAGGCUCUGCAUGAGGGGAACAAUAUUGCAGCCAGCACAACCCUUCCAGAAAAGAGAGCUGAAGAACUGCUAACAGUCAAUGCUUGCAACGUUAUAGACAUCUCUGCAAAAGGUGCCACAAUGGAGAAAKGGAACAUGCUCUUCAUGACUGUGUUGGGUUUGAGAGUCCUGCUGACCAAAAGCAUCGCCUUCAAUGUGCUAAUGACUCUCAGGCUGUUGCUCUUCUGAGGCUGGUAACACACCAGUUAGCCCUGGGAACAUAGGAGGCAAGCGCAGGGAUCCACGGCUUGACUUCAUGUUCAUCUUUACCACUGAACAUGUCCCU